ACUGCUGACUUCUGGCGAUGGGAUGAUGGUGGGGUGAAGACGCCAAAUUGAGAGUACCGUGCGUAUGAAUUUGUAAUAUCUGUGAUGUGUCACGUGUUUCAUUAUAGACUACUCUAGUCAUAUGGAUAAAGUGAAGAAAUAAAGAUCAAAGAGGUUAGAAGAAAAAGUAGCGAAAAGAAAAAGUGAUGGGAAAACAGUGCUGUGUGAGAAAUUGUAAUAUGAAAUGGAAAUCGAAAAGUGGUGUACAUUUGUUUGGGUUUCCCUUAAAAGAUGAAAAUCGUCUUCAUAAAUGGAUAGCUGUAGUUAAAAAACCAAAUUGGAAGCCAACUAAGAACAGCAAAAUAUGUAGUUUGCAUUUUAGCAGAAAUGAUAUUAUAGCAGGUAUGGGAUAUACUCGUGUAAUUUUACGUCCAGAUGCGGUGCCAAGAGGCCAGUCUUCAAAUAAUGAAGAAAAUGAGCAGUGUAAUACAUUGUUAAAUGUAAAAGAAGUUUUCAAUAUUGAAAAUAGUAAAACCAGUAUCUUGACUGACAGUAUUGAUCAUAAUUAUAUUGAUAACGAAGCUGCUAUAAAGAACAUAAAUUUAAUGGAAUUAUCACAUACACCUGUCGAAAAAGGAGUUAUACACCUGAAUACAAAACAGAUAGCUGUUGAAAUGAAACCAGGAGAAUAUUCCAUUAUAUCCGAUACACAAAGAAGCAACUCUAUUAGCAACUCUACUAUUAGAAGCAACUCAAUAAAUACAGACUCAGAGGAAGAAACAUCUAUUGAAGAGACGGUUCAAUCUAAAAGUUUAAAGAAAUUACAAAAUGAAAAUAGAACAUUGAAAUGGAAGUUGCAGAGACGUGAUAAAAAGAUUAGUUCAAUGGAAACAAUGCUUAAUGAAUUACAACAAAAGCAAAUCAUGGAUAAUGACAGUUUGUAAUUACUAAAAGAACACUUUGGUGGUGUUAUGUUCGAAAUUAUGCAAAAUGAAGUAAAAAACCAGAAGCGCAAAAGUAAAGGUGAACGUUAUACAGAUGAGGUGAAAGAGUUUGCUUUAUCCUUGUAUUUCUCAUCACUAAAAGGUUAUGCAUUUUGUAGGUAAUAGGUUUUCUUUUUCCCUUCUUUUUUAAUGUCCUUAUUGUCCGUUACAGAUACAUUAAAACAACACAGAUAUUUUCUACAAACGUCUUAAUGAUCUUCCAAGAUUCUAAGAAAAUGUUCAGAUUACCUGCUCCAUCAACUUUGAGAAAACUACUAUUGUCAGUUGAUGCAGAGGCCUGGCUUCCAUGAAAACGUAUUAUCCGAGAUAGGAAAACUGUCGACAGAUGAUCGAUAUUGUAAUCUUGUGUUAGAUGCCAUGGCACUUAGAAAACGAAUGAUACGGGAUGAUUAUAAGCAUCAAAUGGUAGGCAUACCUGAUUAUGGAAAUAUGGGACUGUUGGGAAAAAUGGAUUCCAAAGACAAGAUCGCAACCGAGGCAUUGAUGUUUAUGCUUGUUAGUCUUAAUGGAAAGUGGAAGUGGCCUAUUGGCUAUUUUUUU